GGUUAUGAAAGAAGGAAAAUCCACCUUGAGGCUGCUGAUUGCAGUAGUGCUAAUCGCACUAUCGGCAGCGCAAUGUCCGUGGCAGCGCGAAGUACCCGAACUUCAAUCAGCAUGUUUGUGCUCCUACAAUUUGGGGCACGAACUAUCCGUGCAAUGUGAUAUAGUAGACUUUCAAGUGCUAUUGAACGCUCUAAAUAAAUACGCGAGAGCGACGCCUCUAGAUUUGCUCUACGUUAACAAUUCCACGAUAAACGCGCUGACCGAAAAUUCGUUCGCGAAUUUGAAAAUACAAAGCAUGCAGUUGUCGGGGUGCAAAAUACGGAAAGUCAGUGAUAGUGCUUUUGCCGGGCAAGAGUCUAAUCUAAAAAAUCUGAAUUUACAAGACAAUGAAUUAACGGAAGUACCUGUAAAUAGUUUAAAAAAUUUAAAAAGUUUAAGUUUAUUAGAUCUUUCGCAUAACAAAAUUAGUUCAGUGCCUUCAGGGGCGUUUGAGACGCUUCGGAAAUUGGCUACGUUGAAAUUAUCCGAUAAUAACGUAACUAUAGAAGAAGAAGCAUUCAGGGGUCUAGAAGGAUCAUUAAAGAAUUUAAAUUUAAAAGGAACAAGACAAACGGACGUGCCUCUGGCCAUUCAAGGUAUGAGAACGCUUGCCUUUCUCGAUCUUUCGCAAAAUCUCCUAAAAGAACUACCAGGGGAACACGGCGAGAAAACAUUCCAAGGACUUUCCUCUUUAACGGCUUUAAAUCUUGAAAGAAACCUCAUACAAGCACUACACGAAGACGCGUUUUAUGGAGUAAAGAGAACUUUGAGUUCUUUAAGUCUUUUGAACAACCUCCUACCAGAUUUCCCUACACAAGCUCUCGGAGCAUUGAAGGAAUUAAGAGUAUUAGAUAUCGGAUUCAACUUGCUCACCGAACUUCCUGAGAAUGCAUUUAAAGGAAAUCCUUCGAUUACUUUGUUAGCACUAGAUGGCAAUCCAUUAGCUACCGUACCAUUUGAAGCACUAUCUCAUCUCAAUCACACUUUAAGGGGUUUAAGCCUUGGCGGGAGAUUUUUGCAUUGCGAUUGCAGAUUAGCUUGGGUCAUCAAUUGGAUUCGCCAUGGUGAUUUGCAAGUGACCAGCAGAGAAAGAAACCCGCAAUUCUGCGGCAGCCCACCGAGAUUCCGUGAUAGAGGUUUCUACAGUAUACAACCUGAGGAAUUAUCUUGUUCUGCCAAAGACCGUUUAACUACCACAACAACUACAACUACUACUCUCCCACCACCCAAAAAGCCAGUUGAAACGAAUAAACCUAAAGAACCUGUAGGAGUAGCUACAGUGGUGAGCGCGGAUUUAGAUGAUUUAGUGCAGGCUAAUCCGGAUCUUCUAACAUCUACCUCAACUACAAGACAGCCCACUAGAACAACAACAGUUCUUAGUACAUCCUCCACAACCAGUAAAGUAACCACUGCGUCUACAACGACUAGUAAAAGCACUACAAGCUCCAGAUUAAAGGCAGCACCCGCUUGGAAGAGCAGCCAGAAACCUGCUAUGGUUUUGAAUUAUCCUGGUGCUAAAAUCAAAGCAGAUGAAGCUAAAGAAGUGAUCGUCAAAAACGCCUUCAGACAAGACAAUUCUGUAAUAAUACAAUGGGGUUCCGAAACGGCAAACAUACUCGGAUUUAGAGUGGUAUAUAGAUUAUUCGGAGACAAAAGUUUUAAACAAGGUCCGCCGCUGGAAGCUAGUGAAAGGGAAUUUAAGAUCAAAAACGUUCCUUCGCAAGAAUGCAUAAUCGUUUGCGUCAUCUCGUUGGAAGAAAUCAACAUUUCACCGGACACAGUACCAUACUCUCAGUGCCGUGAGGUCCGUACUGUAUCUUCGAGUUCUUCUAAUAUGGACAAAAUCACGAUAGCAGCUAGUGCGGCAAUAUGCGGUACAAUCGUCGUGGCAGUCAUCGUUUUCAUAGCAGCCUCCAGGAGACGCUCCAGAAAACUCCACGAAUUGCACCAGCAAAAGAUGGGAAUGAAACACGGGAUACCCAUUACGGGUUUACCAGUAAAUUGCUGCAACGGUAUACCGGCCAGUCCCGGCGAACCGCUAUCAUCAUUGGCAACGCUCAAUGCGUUUAACACUUCAAAGGUAAAAGAAAUAAAAGAAUGGGACCAAGUGUCCGCCUACAGCGCCCACAGUCAAAGGCCUAGAAUGUACACGGUGGAACAACCGCCAUCUCUCGACGAUAUGAGGUCUCAUUUUGGACCAAAAGGACACAAACGAUCGAACGCCGACGGGCAAUCACAAAACAGCUUCUCUAAUCACUCAGGAAGAUAUCUCACAGCGACAGCUUUCCCUAACAAUCUUCUAGCUUCUCGACAAGAUCUUCGACAAUCUCGUCAAUCGCUAGCUAUGCAAUCGGACCGAAUGUCUUCGAGAAUUCCACAUCACGUGGCACCGGCUCACUCCAUUGUAUCGUCCAGCAGACGAUCCCGGCCUAGAUCUAGAUCACGCGAUCACAACCGACCAAGCAGUCGCUACAGCAACGCGGGAUCCACUCACACACUGAAUAACUAUUGUGAUAAUUCCGAUAAUUGGACUGAUCACGACAUGGACAUUUACAUGGCGAGAAAUCCGACUGCGAGGAACGGAUUGGUGCCCUUGUGAAGUGGGAAAAUUCGACUGAGAAUGCGAUGUACGAUUUACGAAACGACCGUUUUUGAAAAAUCCUACUAUCGGCUGAAUUUAUAAUAAUCGAAUCGAAUUAUGAAAUUGCAUUAAACGAUUAUGCAUGAAAUGCAUACGAAAUUUAAUAAUUUAUGAAGGUUGUUUUGUAGUUAAUGCGUUGUAUUUUGUUCAAAGUAGAUCUAAUAAUUGUGUACAUAUGCUCGUAAUUACGAAAAUAUUACAUUUUAAGAAUUUAAUUAUUUAGUUAGAUAUAAAUUCAAUUAAACGAACUCGAAUGUAACGACCCGAAUUCAACACACCUCGUUAAAGUUAAUGACACUUUUAAAUACGUUACAACAUAAUGUAAAUUCGAUCUAUAAAUUAAAGGUGGCUCUAAUAAAAGGGACAUUUAAAUUUGAAAUUUAGGCCAGUGCGUACGUUUAAAAUAACAAUUUUGUGUAAAUAUGAUUUUCAUACUCUUAAACAUAUAAUGUAAUUGAACUAUUAAAAUGAAAUCGAUCAAUUUUUGCUCAAGAAUUGUUGAGAAAUUUUAGCACAAUAUAAGUAGUAAAUUCAUCACUAAUUUAUUGUUAAAAUGUUUGUAUAUAUAUUUUUAUACCAAAUGAUAUAAAUUAUAAAAAACCUCUGGAGUUUCAUUCAAAUGCUGUUUUGUAAAUAAAAAAAUGUUGACUCACCCAGGAAUAGGCAUCGAUUUCUCCCAUCGGUACCUCAUCUCUUGAACGAAUUCGUACCACACAUGUGCAAACGCUCGUAAACCACCCAAACUCUGCAGACAAUGCGACAAUAUAAUUGACAAUCUCCAAAUGAGAGAAUCCGAACUGCACGUUUUGAAUCCCUUAAAUUCUUCGUCGAGAUUCUUGAAUUGUGCCU